GCCUGCGGUUGCCAGGCGCUGGGUCACUUGUGUGGGAAGUGCUGAAAUUUCAACGCGUCACAGCCGCGUUACGCACGGAUCACACGCAGAUUCUGAUCGCCGACGAGCUCGAGGGAACGACGCGUUUAACGGCGGCACUUUAAGCCGAGAACUAGUCCUCUACUUGAUAACUCAGCAGCUAACUAACUACUCCGGCAGUCCGUUAGCGAGCGUCACUCACACGUCCGCAUCUCAGGGCUCGGAUAUUAACACUUCCGAUCGAGCUGAUCGAUCAAUCAAUGAUCAUGGAGAGGAAGAAGACGGACUGUCCGGCGCUUCCACCCGGCUGGAAGAAGGAAGAAGUGAUCCGGAAGUCCGGGCUGAGCGCUGGGAAGAGUGAUGUGUAUUAUUACAGUCCCACAGGAAAGAAGUUCCGCAGUAAACCGCAGCUAUCCCGCUAUCUCGGGAACUCGGUGGAUCUGGGAUGUUUCGACUUCCGCACGGGCAAAAUGAUGCCCAGCAAGAUGCAGAAGAACAAGCAGAGACUGCGCAGCGACAACCUCAGCCUGAGCAAGGGGAAGCCGGAUCUGAACACGGCGCUGCCCAUCAGACAAACAGCCUCCAUCUUCAAACAGCCGGUCACUAAAGUGGUCAAUCAUCCCAACAACAAAGUCAAGACAGACCUCCAGAGAGCCACGGAGAAGCCGCGACAGCUGUUCUGGGAGAAGCGUCUGAAGGGCCUGCGCUCGUCGGACGUGUCGGAGGAAGCGCUCAGGACGAUGGAUCUGCCCAGAGGUUUACAGAGUAUGGGGCCGGACUCGGCGGACGAGACGCUUCUGUCAGCCAUCGCUAGCGCUCUGCACAUGAGCUCGGCGCCCAUCACGGGUCAGACGUCCUCGGCGGCCGACAAGAACCCGAGCAUAUGGCUGAACACAUCGCAGCCGCUCUGCAAAGCCUUCACCGUCACAGACGACGACAUUCGGUUCGUCAGUGCACUGGAGCCCCGCUCCGCCCGCCGUGGACGCCUGGAUAUGAUGUCAUCAGUCUGCGUCAGCGGCACACGUUCAAUAACCCUUUACCAAUAGCUUCAACCAAGGCCUUUUUCAACUAGAGCAUAUAUUUUGAUGUACAUAUCUUUAUAUAAUUGAGAACAAUUUUUAUUUUGUGUCAGACAGAAGAAAGUAAACUCAGCUUUUAUACGGCAAACACAGAGCAAUACUUCCUCGCCUCAAAUCAGGUCACCGUCGCUGGGUUUGUCUCGCGAACUCUUUUUACUUUCGUUUGGUGUCGUUGCUCUCUUCAGGGUUUGUGACAAAUGAUUAAUGCAUCUGCAAACGUAUGAAUGAAAAAUGCUUAUUUAAGAAAAAAAUUUUAUACCUUGAGAUAAAAAUGUGUACAU